UUCUUUGAAAAUAAAUUACUUUGAAUAAUAUCUAAACAUAACAGUUGCAAUGACAUGUAAUUUUAUGAUCUUUAAACAUAAAAUGUAGUUGGGUUCAAGGGAACAUUGUCUCUUUGAAACCACCACCAAAGCUCUGCCAAUUUUGGUCCUUAGGUAGGCCCCACUUUUAUAAGGUUUAUUAAGUCUGUCAAAAAGCUUUAGCAUUGUGAAAGUACUUUAAUUUGUUUCAUAUAAAACUUGAAUAAUAAAUGUACAAUAAACUUUUAAAGCUUACACAAAUUUGAAGCAAUAUUUUGUAUGGUAGGUUUAAAAAAUAUAAGCAUAUCAGAUAUAAAAACUACUAAGUGUAUGAUAAUACAUUAGUAUGUUUACACUGAAGGAAAAGCUUAAAAAUUAAACAAUAUUCCUGCUUUUGAAAAUUAUGAUAUAUAUAAUAAAGAUUUUGUUUGGCAGGUUUAUGGAAGGGUACUACAGAUGUGGCUAUUAAGACCUUGAAAACUGGCACAAUGGAUCCAGCAGCAUUUCUCCAGGAAGCGGCUAUCAUGAAAAAGUUCCGGCACGAGAAAUUAGUAUCUCUGUAUGCUGUCUGCUCUAAAGAAGAGCCAAUAUAUAUUGUUACAGAAUACAUGUCCAAUGGGAGUCUGUUGGAGUACCUAAGGAACAAAGAGGGAAAAGAUCUAAAGUUGCCUGCUUUAAUUGACAUGGCAUCUCAAAUAGCCAGUGGAAUGGCCUACCUUGAAAGCAAGCAGUUGAUUCACAGAGACUUAGCAGCACGUAACAUUUUGGUUGGAGAUCAGAAUGUGGUGAAAGUAGCAGAUUUUGGACUAGCAAGAGUCAUAGAGGAUUCAGAGUACACUGCACGGCAAG